AUGCCAGGGACGUGGAGGGCCGUUUAUUUUCUAGGCAUUGCCCAGAUUUGCAGUCUCUGGUCUUCCCGGUGGAAUUUGGAAGGGGUCAUGAAUCAGACUGAUGCUUCUCGACCCCUAAAUUGGACCAUCCGGAAGCUAUGCCACGCAGCCUUUCUCCCAUCUGUCAGACUUCUCAAGGCUCAGAAAUCCUGGAUUGAACGAGCAUUUUAUAAAAGAGAAUGUGUUCACAUCAUACCCAGCACCAAAGACCCCCAUAGGUGUUGCUGUGGGCGCCUAAUAGGCCAGCAUGUCGGGCUCACUCCCAGUAUCUCUGUGCUUCAGAACGAGAAAAAUGAGAGUCGCCUCUCCCGAAAUGACGUCCAGUCUGAGAAGUGGUCCAUCAGCAAGCACACUCAGCUCAGCCCAACAGAUGCUUUUGGGACCAUUGAGUUCCAAGGAGGUGGCCAUUCCAACAAAGCCAUGUAUGUUCGAGUAUCUUUUGAUACGAAACCUGAUCUCUUGCUACACCUGAUGACCAAGGAAUGGCAACUGGAGCUUCCCAAACUUCUCAUCUCUGUGCACGGAGGGCUGCAGAACUUUGAGCUCCAGCCCAAACUCAAGCAAGUCUUCGGGAAAGGGCUCAUCAAAGCGGCCAUGACAACCGGAGCAUGGAUCUUCACGGGAGGGGUCAACACAGGAGUCAUUCGCCAUGUUGGAGAUGCCUUGAAGGACCAUGCCUCUAAGUCUCGAGGGAAGAUAUGCACCAUAGGUAUCGCCCCCUGGGGAAUUGUGGAAAACCAGGAGGACCUGAUUGGAAGAGAUGUAGUCCGGCCAUACCAGACCAUGUCCAACCCCAUGAGCAAGCUCACCGUCCUCAACAGUAUGCAUUCCCACUUCAUCCUGGCUGACAACGGGACCACGGGAAAAUACGGAGCAGAGGUGAAACUCCGCAGACAACUGGAAAAGCACAUUUCACUCCAGAAGAUAAACACAAGAUGCCUGCCGUUUUUCUCUCUUGACUCCCGCUUGUUUUAUUCAUUUUGGGGUAGUUGCCAAUUAGACCCAAUUGGAAUCGGCCAAGGGGUUCCAGUGGUGGCGCUCAUAGUGGAAGGAGGACCCAACGUGAUCUCGAUUGUUUUGGAGUACCUUCGAGACACCCCUCCUGUACCAGUCGUGGUCUGUGAUGGGAGUGGACGGGCGUCCGACAUCCUGGCAUUUGGGCAUAAAUAUUCAGAAGAAGGCGGACUUAUCAAUGAAUCUUUGAGGGACCAGCUGUUGGUGACAAUACAGAAGACCUUCACAUACACUCGCACCCAAGCUCAGCACCUCUUCAUCAUCCUCAUGGAAUGCAUGAAGAAGAAGGAACUGAUCACAGUAUUUCGAAUGGGAUCAGAAGGCCACCAGGACAUUGAUUUAGCUAUCCUGACAGCAUUACUCAAAGGAGCCAAUGCAUCUGCCCCAGACCAACUGAGCUUGGCUUUAGCCUGGAACAGAGUUGACAUCGCUCGCAGCCAGAUCUUUAUUUACGGGCAACAGUGGCCGGUAGGGUCCCUGGAGCAAGCCAUGCUGGACGCCCUAGUUCUGGACAGAGUGGAUUUUGUAAAAUUACUCAUCGAGAACGGAGUAAGCAUGCACCGUUUUCUCACCAUCUCCAGACUAGAGGAACUGUACAACACGAGACAUGGGCCCUCAAACACAUUGUACCACUUGGUCAGGGAUGUCAAAAAGCGAGAGUAUCCAGGUUUCGGUUGGAUCUAUUUUAAGGGAAACCUGCCCCCAGACUACAGAAUCAGCCUCAUAGACAUUGGCCUGGUGAUUGAGUACCUGAUGGGCGGGGCUUACCGCUGCAACUACACCCGCAAGCGCUUCCGGACCCUCUACCACAAUCUGUUUGGCCCCAAAAGGCCCAAAGCCUUGAAACUGCUGGGAAUGGAGGAUGACAUUCCCUUGAGGAGAGGAAGAAAGACAACUAAGAAGCGUGAAGAAGAGGUGGACAUUGACUUGGAUGACCCUGAGAUCAACCACUUUCCCUUCCCCUUCCAUGAGCUGAUGGUGUGGGCUGUCCUCAUGAAGAGGCAGAAGAUGGCCCUGUUCUUCUGGCAGCAUGGAGAGGAGGCCAUGGCCAAAGCCCUCGUGGCCUGCAAGCUCUGCAAAGCCAUGGCUCAUGAGGCCUCUGAGAAUGACAUGGUUGAUGACAUUUCCCAGGAGCUGAACCACAACUCCAGGGACUUUGGCCAGCUGGCUGUGGAACUCUUGGACCAAUCCUAUAAGCAGGAUGAGCAGCUGGCCAUGAAACUGCUAACAUAUGAGUUGAAGAACUGGAGCAAUGCCACGUGCCUGCAGCUGGCUGUGGCGGCCAAGCACCGUGACUUCAUUGCACACACGUGCAGCCAGAUGCUGCUCACUGACAUGUGGAUGGGCCGGCUCCGAAUGCGCAAGAACUCGGGCCUCAAGGUAAUUCUGGGAAUUCUACUUCCUCCUUCAAUUCUCAGCUUGGAGUUCAAGAACAAAGAUGACAUGCCCUAUAUGACUCAGGCCCAAGAAAUUCACCUCCAAGAGAAGGAGCCAGAGGAGCCAGAGAAGACCACAAAGGAGAAAGAUGAAGAGGACAUGGAGCUAACGGCGAUGUUGGGGCGAAACAAUGGAGAAUCAUCCAGAAAGAAGGAUGAAGAAGAAGUCCAAAGCAGGCACCGGCUAAUUCCUGUGGGCCGAAAAAUCUAUGAGUUCUACAAUGCACCCAUUGUGAAGUUCUGGUUCUACACUCUGGCAUACAUCGGCUAUCUGAUGCUCUUCAAUUACAUCGUGUUAGUGAAGAUGGAGCGCUGGCCUUCCACUCAGGAAUGGAUCGUCAUCUCCUACAUCUUCACUCUGGGAAUUGAGAAGAUGAGAGAGAUCCUGAUGUCAGAGCCUGGCAAGCUGCUGCAGAAGGUGAGGGUGUGGCUGCAGGAAUACUGGAACGUCACCGACCUCAUCGCCAUCCUUCUCUUCUCGGUGGGAAUGAUCCUUCGACUUCAAGACCAGCCCUUCCGGAGCGACGGGAGGGUCAUCUACUGUGUGAACAUCAUUUAUUGGUACAUCCGUUUGCUAGACAUCUUCGGCGUGAACAAGUAUCUGGGCCCAUAUGUAAUGAUGAUUGGGAAAAUGAUGAUAGAUAUGAUGUACUUUGUCAUCAUUAUGCUGGUGGUACUGAUGAGCUUUGGGGUCGCCAGACAAGCCAUCCUCUUUCCCAAUGAGGAGCCAUCUUGGAAACUGGCCAAGAAUAUCUUCUACAUGCCAUAUUGGAUGAUUUAUGGGGAAGUGUUUGCAGACCAGAUAGACCCCCCCUGUGGACAGAAUGAGACCCGAGAAGAUGGCAAGACAAUCCAGUUACCUCCAUGCAAGACAGGAGCAUGGAUUGUGCCGGCCAUCAUGGCCUGCUAUCUCUUGGUGGCGAACAUCCUUCUGGUCAACCUCCUUAUUGCUGUCUUCAACAAUACAUUUUUUGAGGUAAAGUCGAUAUCCAACCAAGUAUGGAAAUUUCAGAGGUACCAACUCAUCAUGACGUUCCACGAGAGGCCGGUUCUGCCCCCACCGCUCAUCAUCUUCAGCCACAUGACCAUGAUAUUCCAGCAUGUGUGUUGCCGGUGGAGGAAACACGAGAGUGACCCAGAUGAAAGAGACUACGGCCUGAAACUCUUCAUAACUGAUGAUGAGCUCAAGAAAGUCCAUGAUUUUGAAGAGCAGUGCAUAGAGGAGUAUUUCAGAGAGAAGGACGACCGCUUCAACUCAUCCAAUGACGAGAGGAUACGGGUGACAUCAGAAAGGGUGGAGAACAUGUCCAUGAGAUUGGAGGAAGUUAACGAGCGAGAACACUCCAUGAAAGCGUCACUCCAGACCGUGGACAUCCGGCUGGCUCAGCUGGAGGACCUCAUCGGACGCAUGGCCACAGCCCUGGAGCGCCUGACGGGUCUGGAGAGGGCGGAAUCUAACAAGAUCCGCUCAAGGACCUCCUCGGACUGCACAGAUGCAGCCUACAUCGUCCGCCAGAGCAGCUUCAAUAGCCAGGAGGGGAACACCUUCAAACUUCAAGAGAGUAUAGACCCUGCAGGUGAGGAGACCAUAUCCCCAACUUCUCCAACCUUAAUGCCCCGUAUGCGAAGCCAUUCUUUCUAUUCUGUCAAUGUGAAAGAGAAAGGUGGGAUAGAAAAGCUGGAAAGCAUUUUCAAAGAAAGGUCCCUGAGCUUACACCGAGCUACUAGCUCCCAUUCAGUAGCAAAAGAACCCAAAGCUCCUGCAGCCCCUGCAAACACCUUGGCCAUUGUUCCGGACUCCAGAAGACCCUCUUCAUGCAUAGACAUCUAUGUCUCUGCCAUGGAUGAGCUCCACUGUGACAUAGACCCUCUGGAUAGUUCCAUGAACAUCCUUGGGCUGGGCGAGCCAAGCUUUUCAACUCUAGCACCUUCCACAGCCCCUUCAAGUAGUGCCUAUGCAACCCUCGCACCAACAGACCGACCUCCAAGCAGGAGCAUUGAUUUUGAAGACCUCACCUCCAUGGACACUCGAUCUUUUUCUUCAGACUAUGCCCACCUCCCAGAAUGCCAAAACCCCUGGGACACAGACCCUCCAAUGUACCACACCAUCGAGCGUUCCAAGAGUAGCCGCUACCUAGCAGCCACACCCUUUCUCCUAGAAGAGGCCCCCAUUGUAAAAUCCCAUAGCUUUAUGUUUUCUCCUUCAAGGAGUUACUAUGCUAACUUUGGGGUGCCUGUGAAAACAGCAGAAUACACAAGUAUUACCGACUGUAUCGACACAAGAUGUGUCAAUGCCCCUCAAGCGAUUGCUGACAGAGCCACCUUCCCUGGUGGUCUCGGAGACAAAGCAGAGGACUUAUCUUGUUGCCACCCUGAGCGAGAAGCAGAGCUGAGCCAUCCUAGCUCUGACAGUGAGGAAAAUGAGGCCAGAGGCCGGAGAGCUGCCAAUCCGAUCUCCUCUCAGGAGGCUGAAAAUGCAGACAGAACCCCAUCCAACAACAUCACAGUUCCCAAGAUAGAGCGCGCUAACAGCUACUCAGCAGAGGAGCCAAGUGCGCCAUAUGCACAUACCAGGAAGAGUUUCUCCAUCAGUGACAAGCUUGAUAGACAGAGGAACACCUCAAGCCUCCGAAAUCCCUUCCAGAGAAGUAAGUCCUCCAAGCCGGAGGGCCGAGGGGACAGCCUAUCCAUGAGGAGAUUGUCUAGAACAUCAGCUUUUCAUAGCUUUGAAAGCAAGCACAACUAA